UCUCACAUGCGCAUGCUUAUGCAUAUGUACAUUUUCUUCUUGUUUACUUAGUUGCAGAAGACACGCCCAACGAGGAGCAAUCGACGGUCAAGGAUCAACAGUCGACUACGACCACAACCACAACCACAGGAAGGCCAUAUGCUACACGACAAAUACGAGCAAAAAAGUGUUUAUUAUCAACAUGCAAAAACAGAACACGAGCCGAUUCAUAUUGCAGCGAUGUUUGUGCCGCACAAGAUUCUAUGAGAAAGCCUGGAGACAGUGAUUAUGUGCCGACCAAGUCUCCAUCUCCUCCCAAUGAACGACGCUCGCGCACCACAUCAACGACCUCCUCCUCCUCCUCAUCAUCAUCAUCUUCCUCGACUUCAACGGAUAACAAAAAGGCUAUUAUCAAACAACAACCAAAAUCAUCACCACCACCAUCGUCCAAACAAUCACAGAAACAACAAGGAACAUCUGCUGUUGCUCCUGAAGAUGAUCCGAUUCGUAAAAAUGUAGUUAAAAAUAUGUCUACGAUCCUCAAGACUAUUAUUGAAAGUGCAUCAGAUAAAGAUCCAGGUCUCUUUGCUGCUUCUGAACACGUUACUUCCAGUGCCUCUUCUCCUUCUUCUGCUGCCACUACUGGUACAACAACUACUGCUGGUGGUCAUGAUGGUGCUGAGCAACAACAACAACAACAACAAGAAGAGCCGUCACCUCAAGUCAUGGCCGAUCAACUGGCUAACGCGAUUGAACAAGUCAUGUUCAAGGAACUCAAAGAUCCCGCAACAAAACGCGCCGGCGUCCAAUACAAGAACAAGUUUCGGUCAUUGCUUUACAAUCUCAAAGACAAAGCCAACAAAGUGUUUCAGCUCCGUGUCGUGACCGGCGAACUGACGCCCAUUGAACUCAUCAAAAUGUCAUCGGAAGACAUGGCGAAUCCCGAACUCAGAUCCAAGUCUCUGUCCAUGCGACAAGAGAGUAUCAAGAACUCCAUCAUGAAACGCGCAAAUGUGCCUAUUAUCAAAAAGACGCACAAGGGUGACAUUGUCAUGAUUGGCACGCCUGACAAGGAGGAAAGUAACCAGCAACAGCAGCACCGCCACCAUUAUCACCAUGGACAAGAAGGCCCGCGUUGGAUCAAUACUGCAAGCGCAUCAUCAAGUGUUGAUGCAUUGGGCGGAGGUGAUGACUCCGAGAGCCGCAAGUCGAGCUUCAGCGAAACACCCACCACCCCUGUUGCCGUCAGCCGUGACCAGCGCGAGGAUGAUCAACGAUUUGAAGAUAUCUUGUCGAAAAUUGGCAUUGGUAGCCGAGACGAUAGUGGCGAUAAUGCAGGAGGCAGCAGUAAGCGCGGCACGAGCAAUAGCCCCUUGGAUGGCGCCGAUCGACCCAAGAAGCGCAAGGUGGAAAUUGAUAUGGAAAAGUUGCUAGGCGACGAGGAUGACUACCAACCCGAGUUUGGUGAUGAUGACAUGGAAGCAAAAACCACUACGCCUCCGAAUCCGCCACCAGCAUCGCCACCUGCUGUGCCAAGUGGACCACCCAAGCCGCCGACCAUCUGGCAAGGCCGAGUCAAUAUGCCACAAGUCUCUGAAUUUGAAGCAAGUGCACGACAAGUGGGAGGCCGGACUUUGGGCGAAGCCGAAUGGGCUGAAGUGCUCUCACCGACCAUGUGGAUCGAAGGGCGGAUACCUGUCGAUCGCGUUACGCAGUAUGUGACCCAAACACAAUACGCCACCAGCCGUGAGAUUGUCUUGCUGGAAAUUGAGGCAACAACAACAACAGGCGACAACUACAAGAACGCACAGACGCUCAUCAAAUAUUUUGACUCUCGCAAACGGUUCGGUGUUGUUGGACACAACAAGACCAAGGUCAAGGACUUUUAUUUGAUUCCGUUAUACAAGACCCAGCAGUUGCCUGAUUGUUUGUAUGUGGUGCGCGUCGAAGAAACGCAGCGUGAUGCUGACAUGUUCCUUGGCGUAUUGGUUAUUCAGAAGCAUCAGGAACGGCCACCAGCACCACCACCAGUAGUGCCGGCACCUGCAUUAGUACCCGCAGCAGUACCCGCAGUUCCCUCACCAUUGCCACGACCGCCGAUAGUGUCGCAGCAUCAUCAACAACAACAACCAGCUCAGCAACAUCAGUAUCAUUAUCAGCAGCCACAACAACAACAACAUUAUCAAGUGCCAACGUAUUCAUUCGCGUCACAACAGCAGCAGCGACAACAACAACAACAAUAGCGACAUCGAAUGCCCCAGUAUCGAUCCACCAUGUACUAUCAACCCCCUGCUCCAUGAGGAAACAAAGAAAAGACAGUGUCUUCUUUUUUAUCAAAGAAUCUAUCAGGUCAAUGCUA